CUCUGUUUCGAUUUGAUCGAUUAUGGAAUAGUUUGAUCUCUGCCGUCACGUAGGACCCCACGCAACUGCUCAAAUAUCGAGCUUUGAAAACAUUCCUCAUUCAAGCAUUGAUUAAUGCAGGAGUGUUCCAUGACUGUGGUAUCUCCCAAAACCAUGCUCCGCUGUUUAAUUCUUCCGGGAAUUUUUCUAGUAGGUUUCACUUUAAAAUAUUUUUUGGACAAUAAAAUAAUGUGCUAAGUAGAAUGAAAGUUCACGCUUGCUUGGGUCAUAAAACAAGAUUGUGCUUUACAAUGUUGCCGAUGUGACUGCUGAGGGAAGUUUGUUAAGCGAAAAAGUUGAAUCAGCUGUACUCUCAAUGUCGAUGGAAAGAUGGCAUAUUUUCCGCCGUCGAGCACCUGAGAAGAAUCCACCUCGUAAAUCGGAGAAACCGAAGAAAAAGAAAAAUCCAAAAGAAGGCCUCUGCCCCUGCUGUGAUCAGAAGAUAGGUUGUCACUUGGAUGGGUCGUACGGCACGAUUUUCGAAAAUAUUUGCAGUCAGGAAUGUCCCAACUGCUAUCGAGAUUGCAUGAACUAUUACAACAACGGAGCUCACCCUUGCCCAGGCGGCGGUCCAUGCGACUGAAAACUGGUAUUACCCUGUAUAAACGAAUGCAUGAAUUUUAAAUACAUUUUUUGCUCUUUCUUUUUC